AUGGACAAGCAGCUGGAUGGCCCUACUGGGCUGGGUGCAUCAGCUUGCAGUGACCUCAGGACUCAGGCUGUGGCCGCUGUUCCCCAUGCUACAAUCCCCUCUGCAAGCCACAUACAGCGCAGGCAGAGCACAGAAACAGGCCAGCACUGUAUCUGUGAUGGGAGCCCUGACUUUAUCUCCCCCGCCAGCAUCCAGGUCCUGGGGCCCACCCUGAGCACUGCAGUCACUCUGAACUGCACAGCUCAGGUGGUCUCUGUGGCCUCCUGCCCCCCUCCCUCAGUGCAGUGGCUAAAAGAUGGGCUGCCGCUGGGCAACAGAAGCCACUAUAGCCUCCAGGAGGACACCUGGGUCAGGGCCAACUUGUCAGAGGUGCUUGUGUCCAGUGUCCUGGAGGUCAACCUGACCAGUGCCGAGGACUACGGAGUCUUCACCUGCUUGGUCCACAACGUUAGCUCCUCCCCCUUCAGGCUCUGGAGGGCAGAUCCUCCUGGCCACGUGGCCGCGGUGCUGGCCUCGCUCCUGGUCCUACUGGCGCUGCUGCUGGCCGCGCUGCUCUAUGUCAAGUGCCGCCUCAACGCGCUGCUCUGGUACCAGGACACCUACGGCGAGGUGGAGGUGAACGACGGCAAGCUCUACGACGCCUACGUCUCCUACAGCGACUGCCCCGAGGACCGCAAGUUCGUGAACUUCAUCCUGAAGCCGCAGCUGGAGCGCCGUCGGGGCUACAAGCUCUUCCUGGACGACCGCGACCUUCUGCCCCGCGCGGAGCCGUCGGCCGACCUCCUGGUGAACCUGAGCCGCUGCCGGCGUCUCAUCGUGGUGCUGUCCGACGCCUUCCUGGGCCGGGCCUGGUGCAGCCACAGCUUCCGGGAGGGCCUGUGCCGCCUGCUGGAGCUCACGCGCAGACCUAUCUUCAUCACCUUCGAGGGCCAGAGGCGUGAGCCCGCGCACCCCGCGCUUCGCCUGCUGCGCCAGCACCGCCACCUGGUGACCUUGCUGCUCUGGAGGCCCGGCUCCGUGACGCCUUCUUCCGAUUUCUGGAAAGAGCUGCAGCUGGCGCUUCCACGGAAGGUGCGAUACAGGGCGAUUGAGGGGGACCCGCAGACCCAGCUGCAGGAUGACAAGGACCCCAUGCUGAUAGUCCGAGGCAGUGCCCCGGAGGCUCGGACCAUGGACCCCGAGCUGGAUCCGGACCCCGAGGGAGACCUGGGUGUCCGAGGGCCUGUCUUUGGGGAGCCCUCAGUUCCACCUCAUACAAGCAGGGUGGUGCUGGGAGAGGCCCGGGGCAGCGAGGUGGACAUCUCGGACCUGGGCUCCCGGAACUACAGCGCGCGCACUGACUUCUACUGCCUGGUGUCUGAGGAAGACGUGUAGCCACCCCGGAGCAGCCAAGCAACCAGUCGCUGGGGCGGGAGGAGUGGUGGGUCCUCCCCUCA